AUCACCUUCUCGUGCAUGACCACAGCAGAUGCGCUGAUGUUCUUUGGCCGUGAGCCCAGCCGCAAGGUUGUUGGACUCAACUUUGCCAAUGGCCAAUCAGUUGGCGGAGGCUACAAGAACGGGGCCUAUGCGCAAGAGGAGGACUUGUGCCGUCGAAUGCCCACGCUCUACACGUCGCUCUACAACGCGAAGAGGGAGGGGCACUACCCUUUCGGCCCAGCUACUUGCUCGAGUGCCAGUCCGGCAAGAUACUCUGACGUCCUGUGGACCCCGAAGGUUUGCAUCGCACGCGCGGGUGAGGAUCGAGGAUUCGAGCUCCUCCCCAAGGAUCAACAGGCUAACGUGUCGCUGGUGGCAGCAGCAGCACCGAACAUUAAGUUCGCUGAUCCUCCGGAGCGCUACGACAAAGACUUAAUGCUCAACACAGUGAAGGCUGUUCUCCUGGCACCCCUCAACAAGCAGCCGGAGACCACCACUAUCGUGCUGGGUGCCUGGGGAUGCGGUGCCUUCGGCUGUGACCCAUAUGACAUCGCGGAGCUCUUUGUCAAAGCCCUUGUGGAACACAGGCUGGGCCGCCUUUACAGAGAGGUCCACUUUGCCAUACCUCAGUUUGAUGUCACCGACCAGAAUCCUACAGUCUUCCGUGAGAUCUUCCGCCGCAAAGCCGUGAAGUUCAAAGAAAUCGAGAUGACUCUUGGCUGCAACGUGGUCCAAGCUGCGAACUUGGAUUGUGGCUUGGACUCAUCCAGCGACUUGACACAAGGUCUGGUUUAG